UCCGGCCCUGCGCGCUCACUGCUGGAACUAGCCAGCCGCCGCGUGGACAGUCGUCAUGAAGUUCAACCCCUUCGUGACCUCGGACCGCAGCAAAAACCGCAAACGCCAUUUCAAUGCCCCCUCGCACGUGCGCAGAAAGAUCAUGUCAUCCCCGCUCUCUAAGGAGCUGCGGCAGAAAUACAACGUCCGCUCCAUGCCCAUCCGCAAGGACGAUGAAGUUCAGGUGGUUCGAGGACACUACAAAGGUCAGCAAAUUGGCAAGGUGGUACAGGUGUACAGAAAGAAAUACGUCAUCUACAUCGAGAGGGUGCAGCGCGAGAAGGCUAAUGGCACAACUGUCCAUGUAGGCAUCCACCCCAGCAAGGUGGUUAUCACCAGGCUAAAACUGGACAAAGAUCGGAAAAAAAUUCUUGAACGCAAAGCCAAAUCACGACAAGUUGGAAAAGAAAAAGGCAAAUACAAAGAAGAACUUAUUGAGAAGAUGCAGGAAUGAGUAUAAUGUAUUAUACAACCCAUUUUCACUGUGAAUUUUUAGCUGUGAUGUUUCUGAAAUGUAUUGUUUCCUACUUGUUGUUUUAUUGACUUGUGGCUCUGGAAGUCUGCUUUUGCUGGUUUAAUAAGUUUAUGAAUAAAAAUUGGGAUUGUUUCCUGAUUCCAAAUAGAAUUUACAUUGAUAUAUAGAUAAAAUCCACCUUCUCAGUCCUGUUGCUAGUUUCAUGUUUAAUCUGCAGCAGGACAGCAGGACAAGAUUAGGAUAGCCUGCUGCUUGAAUCCGCACACUGCUGGGGUACAGAACACCCGGCCCCAGUCCCUGACGUAGGGGUUGUCCCGCUCAGCGGCUGUCAUGAUGUGAACUGGCACACACAAGGUCCACUGAGUGGUGAUGAAAAUGUAUCAAGCUGAGCCCUUUUUGGCUCUUUAGUUAUAUACGGCUUAUCUGAUACUUAGGAAUGAUUUAAUAAAUAUUAAUUGAACCAGAGUUAUUUCUAUUUUAACUCAUUAAAGAAAAUGAGCUGAGUUUAAUUUUCUAAAUCCCAGAGAGCCUAAGAGAACCAAGAUUUGAACCCAGGCCUGACUACAUAAAAGUUAGUCACUUCCCACUUCGAUCAGCCAUCUCUGGUGAUCUUUUCUUCUCAGCUCUUUAUUGGUGUCUGUUCAGAGACUGAACCUGUGUGUGGAAGAGAGAAUAACUUGAGUUAGCAUUAGUGCUGCUGAGGGAGGAAGUCAUUGUCACAAACCAUCAAGGUCAAGUUUCAUUUCUGCCACUGGACAGUCAUGAGCCUUUGAGUUACUCAUCUCUGAGUUUCCAUUUUCUUACUGGUUAAAAAUAAUACUCACCUGCCUUCCUGUCUCAUGGAAAACACAUAUAAGAUACUAAGAUCAAAGAUCAA